AUGCCUAUCCCAAGCUAUGGCGCAGCUCCUCUCAGCAAGACUUUCGUUCUUGUACGGGCGAUGCAGGUCAUCUCGAUGAUUGCAAUCGUUGGCAUGACGGCCAACUUCGUCUCCGAGAUCAUCCAAUCGGGCGUGGAACCGCCAAAGGAGAUUGUGGGCACGCUUUGUGUGACCUGUAUCGCGGCCCUUUACGUCCUCAUCAGCGUUGCGUUCUUCUGGUCUGAAGCGAACAUCGGCCUCUUCGUCAUGGCUGGCGCCGACUUCGCCCUCCUGAUCUCUUUCAUCGUCGUCGCAGUCACAGUCGGAAAGCCUCUGUCCUUCCUCAACUGCUCCCUCGUGAGCGACGCCUCCAGGGCUGUCAACGCUGCAUCGGCGUAUGCCUUUACCACCUCCGUAACGAGCAACCUGGGCGUCAGCGGGGCGAACCUGAACUUGUACUCCUGGGCCGGCGCCACGAAGCUCAACUGCUACGUCUCCAAGGCCAUCUGGGGCUUCAGCAUUGCUCUUUGCAUUCUCUUCACCACCUCUUCCAUUUUGCUGCCCACACUCUUCUAUAAGAACAAGAAGGCCGCUGCGCCUGCCAAGGGUGAGGCUUAG